GUUCAGGCAGAAUCCCUUCCAAUUCCCCAUUCUUCUAAGUCAAUUGCGGACCAGGUUGUGACUCCCAUAAACCCAGCCUGGUGUCUUCUCCGCCUUCCAUUUCAAGUCAUUGUCAACUUUCUCGUACUUGGCACUCCGCCCUCGAACCGAACCAGGGACAGACUGGCGUGCUAGGACAGCGCCCCAGCACUGUGCCCUCUGCACCCAACCCCUAAGAUCCCCGAUUCCUACCCAUGCCAGCACCUCGGGCAGCUGUAACACAAACGAGGCUCACAGGACGGUGAGACCUGGGAGGUUCCACCAGGAAACCUGGUUAUCUAGACUUACAGGUUUUGGGGACAGAUGGAUACCUUGCUUUGGCGACAGGUCUGAUCUCCCCCAAGAGUUGGAACUUGGGGAGAGAGACUUGCCCUUCCCGCCUCCCAAACGGCCAACGUGCCUGAACCCUCGGCACCCAGGAGCCCUGCAUCCUACAAGGUCUCACCUUUCAUGCUCCGGUCCCCUUUCACGCGGGUCCCCGCGCUAGCUUCUAUUCCGCCCUACUGUGCCCCGCCCCAGAGCUGGGACGCGCUGUCCGCUCUUCACCCCCAGCCCCGCCCGCCCCGACUCAGAGCUGGAGAAGCUGCCAGAACGGAGGAGCGGGCUACAGCGAACCCGGAGUCAUCCAGGAGCCUAUCCGCAGUCCCAGGCUGGGGCGACCAGAAGCUAAGGUCUCUGUUUUGAAGUAUUUCAAUAUUUAAUCCCACGUUACCAUUUCCAUCAUGGGGUUCCACUUAGCUCUGGCCUGGAUUCUCCUGGUUGGGACACUGGCUUCUUUGGGAGCUCAGAACUCCAUUUCUUGGGAGGUACAGCGAUUUGAUGGAUGGUAUAACAACCUCAUGGAGCACAGAUGGGGCAGCAAAGGCUCUCGGCUGCAGCGCCUUGUUCCAGCCAGCUAUGCAGAUGGUGUCUACCAGCCCCUGAAAGAACCCUACCUGCCUAACCCCCGACACCUUAGUAACAGGGUCAUGAGAGGUUCUGCAGGGCAGCCAUCUCUUCGGAACCGUACAGUCCUGGGUGUCUUCUUUGGCUACCACGUGCUCUCAGACCUGGUGAGUGUGGAAACACCAGGCUGCCCCGCAGAGUUCCUCAACAUUUACAUCCCGCAUGGGGACCCGGUGUUCGACCCUGACAAGCGCGGGAACGUGGUGCUGCCCUUUCAAAGGAGCCGCUGGGACCGCAACACUGGACAGAGCCCCAGCAACCCCCGGGACCAGAGCAACCAGGUGACCGGCUGGCUAGAUGGCAGCGCCAUCUAUGGCUCCUCUCAUUCCUGGAGUGACACUCUGAGGAGCUUCUCUGGAGGACAGCUGGCUUCUGGGCCUGACCCUGCUUUCCCAUCGGACUCCCAGAGCUCUCUGCUCAUGUGGAUGGCGCCGGACCCCUCCACAGGGCAGGGAGGGCCACGGGGGGUGUAUGCCUUCGGGGCCCAGCGCGGGAACAGGGAGCCCUUUCUGCAGGCUCUGGGCUUGUUGUGGUUUCGCUACCACAACCUGUGUGCCAGGAAGCUGGCGCAGGAGCACCCGCACUGGGGGGAUGAGGAACUGUUCCAGCAUGCUCGCAAGAGGGUCAUUGCCACCUACCAGAACAUUGCGAUGUAUGAGUGGCUGCCCAGCUUCCUGAAGCAAACUCCUCCGGAGUAUCCAGGAUACCGUCCAUUUCUGGACCCCAGUAUCUCCCCAGAGUUCGUUGUGGCCUCUGAGCAGUUCCUCUCUACCAUGGUGCCCUCUGGGGUCUACAUGAGGAAUGCCAGUUGUCAUUUCCAGGGGAUUCCCAGUCAUAACUCAAGUGUCUCUGGAGCUCUCCGGGUCUGCAACAGCUACUGGAGUCGAGAGCACCCCAAGCUACAAAGGGCUGAAGAUGUGGAUGCACUGCUGCUGGGCAUGGCCUCCCAGAUUGCUGAGAGAGAGGACCACGUGGUGGUUGAGGACAUGCAAGAUUUCUGGCCUGGGCCACUGAAGUUUUCCCGUACAGACUACCUGGCCAGCUGCCUGCAGAGGGGCCGGGAUCUAGGCCUGCCUUCUUACACCAAAGCCAGGGAGGCACUGGGCCUGUCUCCCAUUUCCCACUGGCAGGACAUCAACCCUGCACUCUCCAGGAGCAAUGGCACUGUGCUGGAGGCCACAGCUGCCCUGUACAAUCAGGACCUGUCUCGGCUGGAGCUACUCCCAGGGGGGCUUCUGGAGAGCCAUGGAGACCCUGGACCCCUUUUCAGCACUAUUGUCCUUGACCAGUUUGUCAGGCUACGAGAUGGUGACCGUUACUGGUUUGAAAACACCAGGAACGGAUUGUUCUCUAAGGAAGAGAUCGCAGAGAUCCGAAACACUUCCCUACGGGACAUUCUAGUGGCUGUCACCAAUGUGGACCCCAGUGCCCUACAGCCCAAUGUCUUCUUUUGGCUUGCAGGAGACCCCUGUCCACAGCCAAGUCAGCUCAGCGCCAAGGGCCUGCCAGCCUGUGCCCCCCUCUUCAUUCGGGACUAUUUCGAGGGGAGUGGAUUUGGCUUCGGACUCACCAUUGGGACCCUUUGCUGUUUCCCCUUAGUCAGCCUCCUUAGUGCCUGGAUUGUUGCCCGGCUUCGAAAGAGGAAUUUCAAGAGGCUCCAGAGACAAGACCGCCAGAGCAUCAUGUCGGAGAAGCUUGUAGGGGGAGUGGAAGCUUUGGAGUGGCAGGGCCGCAAUGAACCCUGCAGGCCAGUGCUUGUGCACUUACAGCCGGGACAGAUUCGAGUAGUGGAUGGCAGGCUCACCGUGCUCCGGACCAUCCAGCUGCGACCCCCACAGCAGGUCAACCUCAUCCUGUCCAGCAACCGUGGACGCCGCACCCUGCUGCUCAAGAUCCCCAAGGAGUAUGACCUGGUUCUGUUGUUUAACAUGGAGGAGGAACGGCAGGCACUGGUGGAAAACGUCAGGGGAGCUCUGAAGGAAAAUGGGCUGAGCUUCCAGGAGUGGGAACUGAGGGAGCAGGAGCUGAUGAGGGCAGCAGUGACCAGGCAACAACGGGGCCACCUCCUGGAGACCUUCUUCAGGCACCUUUUCUCCCAGGUGUUAGACAUCAAUCAGGCUGAUGCAGGGACUCUGCCUCUGGAUUCCUCGACCAAAGUGCGUGAGGCCCUGACCUGUGAGCUGAGCAGAGCUGAGUUUGCAGACUCCCUAGGCCUCAAGCCCCAGGACAUGUUUGUGGAGUCCAUGUUUUCUCUAGCCGACAAGGAUGGCAAUGGCUACCUGUCCUUCCGGGAGUUCCUGGACAUCCUGGUGGUCUUCAUGAAAGGCUCCCCAGAGGAGAAGUCUCGUCUUAUGUUCCGAAUGUAUGACUUUGAUGGGAACGGUCUCAUUUCCAAGGAUGAGUUCAUUAGGAUGCUAAGGUCCUUCAUCGAGAUCUCCAACAACUGCCUGUCCAAGGCCCAGCUGGCUGAGGUGGUUGAGUCUAUGUUCCGGGAGUCUGGCUUCCAGGACAAGGAGGAGCUGACCUGGGAGGACUUCCACUUCAUGCUGCGGGACCACGACAGUGAUCUCCGAUUCACACAGCUCUGUGUCAAAGGUGUGGAAGUGCCGGAAGUGAUCAAGAACCUCUGCCGGCGAGCCUCCUACAUCAGCCAGGAGAAGAUCUGCCCUUCGCCCAGAAUGAGCGCCCACUGUGCCCGAAACAACAUGAAGACUGCGUCAUCACCACAGAGACUGCAGUGCCCCAUGGACACAGACCCUCCUCAAGAGAUUCGACGGAGGUUUGGCAAAAAGGUAACUUCAUUCCAGCCCUUACUGUUCACUGAGGCACACCGAGAGAAGUUUCAACGCAGCCGCCGCCACCAAACGGUGCAGCAGUUCAAGCGCUUUAUUGAGAAUUACAGGCGCCACAUUGGCUGUGUGGCGGUGUUUUACACCAUCACUGGGGCGCUCUUCCUGGAGAGAGCCUACUACUAUGCAUUUGCAGCACACCACAGCGGCAUCACCGAUACCACCCGUGUAGGCAUCAUCCUGUCCCGGGGCACGGCGGCCAGCAUCUCCUUUAUGUUUUCCUACAUCCUGCUCACCAUGUGUCGCAACCUCAUCACCUUCUUGCGGGAGACCUUCCUCAACCGCUACAUUCCCUUCGAUGCUGCCGUGGACUUCCAUCGCCUCAUCGCCUCCACGGCCAUCAUCCUCACAGUCUUACACAGUGCUGGCCACGUAGUGAAUGUGUACCUGUUCUCCAUCAGUCCACUCAGUGUCCUCUCUUGCCUCUUCCCUGGCCUCUUCCACGAUGAUGGGUCGGAGUUCCCUCAGAAGUAUUACUGGUGGUUCUUCCAGACUGUGCCAGGUCUCACUGGGGUCCUCCUGCUCCUGGCCCUGGCCAUCAUGUACGUCUUCGCCUCCCACCACUUCCGCCGCCGCAGUUUCCGGGGCUUCUGGCUGACCCAUCACCUCUACAUUUUUCUCUACAUUCUGCUCAUCAUACAUGGCAGCUUUGCUCUGAUCCAGAUGCCCCGGUUCCACAUCUUCUUCCUGGUCCCUGCAAUUAUUUAUGUGGGGGACAAGCUGGUGAGCCUGAGCCGGAAGAAGGUGGAGAUCAGCGUGGUGAAGGCUGAGCUGCUGCCAUCAGGAGUGACCCACCUGCGGUUCCAGAGGCCUCAGGGCUUUGAGUAUAAGUCAGGGCAGUGGGUUCGGAUUGCGUGCCUGGCUCUGGGAACCACCGAGUAUCACCCUUUCACACUGACUUCUGCACCCCACGAGGACACACUCAGCCUGCACAUCCGGGCGGCUGGACCCUGGACCACUCGCCUCAGGGAAAUCUACUCACCCCCAACGGGUGACACCUGUGCCAGAUACCCAAAGCUGUACCUCGAUGGACCGUUUGGAGAGGGCCACCAGGAGUGGCACAAGUUUGAGGUGUCAGUGCUGGUAGGAGGGGGCAUUGGAGUCACUCCCUUUGCCUCCAUCCUCAAAGACCUGGUUUUCAAGUCAUCAGUCAGCUGCCAAGUGUUCUGUAAGAAGAUCUACUUCAUCUGGGUGACAAGGACUCAGAGGCAGUUUGAGUGGCUGGCUGACAUCAUCCGGGAGGUGGAGGAGAAUGACCGCCAGGACCUGGUGUCUGUGCACAUCUAUAUUACUCAGCUGGCUGAGAAGUUCGACCUCAGGACCACCAUGCUGUACAUCUGUGAGCGGCACUUCCAGAAGGUGCUGAACAGGAGUCUGUUCACGGGCCUGCGCUCCAUCACCCACUUUGGUCGCCCUCCCUUUGAGCCCUUUUUCAACUCUCUGCAGGAAGUCCACCCCCAAGUCCGAAAGAUUGGAGUAUUUAGCUGUGGUCCCCCUGGCAUGACCAAGAAUGUGGAGAAGGCUUGUCAGCUCAUCAACAGGCAGGACAGGACUCAUUUUUCUCACCAUUAUGAGAACUUCUAGGCCUCCUGCCCAGCAACUAUGCCCACUACUGCCCUGCUGGGACAGCAGGGGCUUUGGCCUGUGCCUUAACCCAGUACUCAUUUCUGGCCACCUCAGCCUUGGCCCUUCCCACCUGCCAACUUGGUUGGUCCAAGUAGCCUCGCUCAGGCAUCAUGUGUAGGCUCAGAGAUCUCUAGGGCCAGAAUGUGUCUUGAGUUUGUCGAAGGAGCACUGUUUAAGAACUAUAGGUUCAGAAGUAGGGGAGCUUUUGGGUUGAGACAAAGUGAGAAUUAAGCAAAAACUUGACAGUAGACAACCUGUCAAGUUUUUGAAAGUGAGUCUGAGUGAUAGUAUGGAUGCUGGCGUCUUCAAGUCCUCUUCACUGUGUUCUUCCUCUCUUCAAAAUGGUUGGGAGAUGUCUUAGAGUAGCCAGGGGCAACUUACAGAAACCCUCAGGACCAGCCUAACUGAACAACUGAUCUCUCAAAAUGUAAAAUGUAGUCAGACCUUUCUGUGCCCACUAACCGCCUGGAGCAGUGCCCCUCAGCCCCAUCUCCCUCUUCUAGUGGUCUGUUUUGCAAAUAAACGGUGUUUCCCCCUUU